CGCGGUGGGCAGGCGCCGACAAGUGCGCUGCACCGCGGGCGCCGGCUGGGGGCGAGCAGACCUCGAGCAGCCGCCGCUGCCGCCGCCGCAGCCGUUGCGACCGUAUCAGCGGAGUUCAGAGGGCCAGGCGGCGGGAGGCUUCCUCACACGGGGGCUGAGAUGUCGUCCACCGCGGCUUUUUACCUCCUCUCCACCCUGGGAGGGUACUUGGUGACUUCAUUCUUGUUGCUCAAAUACCCGACCUUGCUGCACCAGCGAAAGAAGCAACGAUUCCUCAGUAAACACAUCUCUCACCGCGGAGGUGCUGGAGAAAAUUUGGAGAAUACAAUGGCAGCCUUUCAACACGCAGUUACAAUUGGAACUGAUAUGUUGGAAUUGGACUGCCAUAUCACAAAAGAUGAGCAAGUUGUCGUGUCACAUGAUGAGAACCUAAAGAGAUCAACAGGGAUCAAUGUAAACAUCUCUGAUCUCAAGUACUGUGAACUCCCACCUUACCUUGGCAAACUGGAUGUCUCGUUUCAAAAAGCAUGCCAAUGUGAAGGAAAAGAUAACCGAAUUCCAUUACUGAAGGAAGUUUUUGAGGCCUUUCCUAACACUCCCAUUAACAUCGAUAUCAAAGUCAACAACAAUUUGCUGAUUAAGAAGGUUUCGGAAUUGGUGAAGCAGUACAGACGAGAACACAUAACAGUGUGGGGUAACGCCAGCUAUGAAAUUGUAGAGAAGUGCUACAAAGAGAAUUCGGAAAUUCCUAUACUCUUCAGUUUACAACGCGUGCUGCUCGUUCUUGGCCUGUUCUUCACCGGCCUCUUGCCCUUUGUGCCCAUUCGAGAACAGUUUUUUGAAAUCCCAAUGCCUUCUAUCAUAUUGAAGCUGAAAGAACCACACACCAUGUCCAGAAGUCAGAAGUUUCUCAUCUGGCUUUCUGAUAUUUUACUAAUGAGAAAAGCUCUGUUUGACCACCUCACUGCCCGAGGCAUUCAGGUGUACAUUUGGGUAUUAAAUGAAGAGCAGGAAUACAAAAGAGCCUUUGAUUUGGGAGCAACUGGGGUGAUGACAGACUAUCCAACAAAGCUUAAGGAUUUUUUACAUAAUUUUUCAGAAUAGAAAAGGACGUACUCAGAAGCAUUCAAAGAAAACAUGAAAAGACCUAAGAAAAAAUUUUUUCAUUUCCCUAAGCCAUUUCCAGAAUGGUAAAAGGUUUAAUCAGUUAAGUGUUUAUUACCUCAUUUUUAAGCCUGUCUGAGAAUGUAGAAACUAUAUAUUGUAUAUUUAUUUUAAACAAUAUUGCAUAUUUUACAUUUGUAAAUAGUUUGUUUAGAAAGAUAAUUGUUUAUGAGAUGUAAGUGGAAGAUUAUUGAUCAAGAUUUCUGUAUUUGAUGCAGUAUUCUACUAUCAUAAGUAAUUCUGAAAUCAAAGGCUGUUGGAUAAAUUUGAAAUUAGCCUUCACUGGAAUAAGAUCAACUAAUUAGUAAGACAGAAUUAUUGAAGGUCAUUACAGCUAUUCAGGUUGUCUCAUUAUUUCUAGGUACACCUUAGUUAAAGGGGAAAAAUGUUGUGGAAAGAGAGCUUGGAAAUCAGUGAUGUAAUUAUCUGACAAGUUGUACAUUGUUAACAGAGGCAGACUCAGAAAUAACUGAAAGUUUGUUACAUGAUCAGAAAUAAAAUCUCUAAUCUGAAUUCAAA